AUUGUGCGAAAGAAUGCCGACGUUCUCAAAUAUAAUAGUUGCUCAAAACUAUAAAUUGUUAGCAAACUCUAGGGGCAUGUAAAUUUUGUCCUCGAUUCUGACUUCUGUAUCAUCCUUCAUUGUUGGAUUCUUGAAUCAAAACCCUGAUUUCCUCUCUCCCAGAUUCUUUUCCCUUCUUCGAAUCUGUGGAUUGCAUUGUUGUUUCUGAUUUAAGCGAGCGCUUCUAAGUUUACCUGAGAAAGGUCCGAUCUUAACAAAAAUCACUUCAUAAAUUUCCGUGAUAAUCUCCAUUAGAGGUCACAAGUGAUCAUUUUGUGCUUUAAGAUCAAUUGGUUUAGUAGUUUUUAGUUUUGAUGCUAAUAUAAAUAUAAUUGGGGAUGCUGAUUUGAUGCAAUCUUGAGUAGGAGAAAGUAUUAUAGCUUAGGUUGGUGGACUAUGAGAAAUGAGACAUGGAAAUGGAUUGUAGGUUUGAUAUACAUUGUAGCGGUAGCCGCCAUAUGGAUUGCUGCUAGCUAUGUAGUUCAAUCUGUUGUGGAUGAUGGAAUUUCCCCCUUCCUAAUCACAUACAUUUGCAAUUCAUUGUUUAUAAUCUACAUCCCUCUUGUGGAAGCAUCAAGGUUUUUGGAAGGUUACAGCGGGAAAUUUUGCUUUUGGAGGAAGAAAGAGGAUGUUGGCUUGGAAGAAUUAGGGCAAUCGGAAGAGGUCAUUCUUCUCGAAAAAAAUGAGUUGGAUGAACCAACAAGUAGUGUGCAUUCCCAUAUAUAUACUGACCAAGAAGGAACUAAUCGAAAUUCCAUGGAAAUAGAUUCGGAGCCAAAUUUUAUUGCAUAUGAGGUGGAAAAUGAAUUUUUAGACCGAGUUAAAGUUUCUGAAGAUCCUGAUAAACAGCUGGAUUUAAAGGGACGCUGGACACGCGCUAGGGUAGCAAGAAUCAGCCUUUUGGUAUGCCCAUUUUGGUUUUUGGCACAGCUGACCUUUAACCUUUCACUGAAGUAUACAACCGUCACUUCAAAUACAAUUUUGAGCACAUCUUCUAGCCUUUUCACCUUUCUGCUCUCUAUGGCAUUCUUGGGUGAGAAUUUUACUUGGUUGAAGUUCAUAGGUGUACUACUUUGCAUGGGAGGAACAAUCAUUGUGAGUUUAGGUGACUCAGAAACAGGAAAAAGUGUUAUCAGCUCAAAUCCUGUACUUGGAGACAUUCUUUCACUUUCUUCUGCUGGUUUAUAUUCUGUAUAUAUAACUCUCAUUCGUAAGAAGUUUCCUGAUGAUGAGAAAAGCGGCCAAGUGAGCAUGGCACAGUUUCUGGGAUUUUUGGGAUUUUUCAACAUGAUGAUUUUCCUUCCGGUUAUGCUUCUAUUGCAUUUCACCCAGUUGGAGGCUUUUACUACCUUUACCUGGAAGCAAUUCAGCCUGAUUGUGGGCAAAGGUUUACUUGAUAAUGUUCUGAGUGACUACUUAUGGGCUAAAGCCGUUCUUUUGACCACAACAACGGUGGCAACAGCUGGGCUCACGAUUCAGAUUCCAUUAGCAGCUUUGGUUGAUACACUGAUCGGUAAUGCCCCCAAUGCAAUUGAUUACAUUGGAGCUGCUGCUGUUAUGGUUGGAUUUGCAGGCAUCAAUGCCCCAUCUGAUGUUUUGAAUAGGUCCAAGCAAGUUACCUUGGAGCUAGAAAACCCAUCUGAUUCUCAGAAUCAUGUCCUGCCAGUCUCAAACGACACUGCCGAAUAAUUUUGAUUUUUUACGUUUGUCACAUUGGCCACUCAGAUUAAGCAGAUUUAAACCCUGAAUGCCAUUGCAGUUCAAAGGUUGUUGAUCAACAUGGCAACUGAGGAAGUAAAACAGUGUCGAUACUAAUCUCGGCAAAAUUAACACAAGGGAUUGGCUAUAAAUUAGCAACUUUGAAGUAUCUCACUGUUACAUUGCAGUUAGCAGCACCCAUUAUAUUGAUGCCUGUACACUGAAUUUGUAUAUAUAUCAGAAGAUUAUAUGGGAUCUUUAAACCUGUUUUACGUAAAAAUUAUAGUAGUUGAUUGAAAUUUAUAAUGCUUCAACUAUCUUGUUUGGUGCUUUUAAAUUAGCCUUCUUUUGUGUUGGUUGGGAUACUGUUUACAUUCUUUUUCUCAAAAAGUAUAUUUUCAAUGGAUAG